AUGUUUCGAACAUUUAUAUGGCAACUUUUGUUUAUAUUUUCAUUAUUGAAUUAUUCUAUUUUUCAACAUAUACAUCCAUCAACACAACAGUGGGAUUAUCAACGGCAUGGACCAGAUACAUGGCCGCAUCUAUUUGAUACAUGUGAAGGUGAAUUUCAAUCUCCUAUAGAUAUUCGAAUAACAAAUCUUAUAUACGAUCCACAUCUUCAUCCACUUUCUUUUAAUGGCUAUACGACAAAUUCAUCAUUACAUCAAUGGAAUUUUACACAUAAUGGAAAAACAAUCAUUGCCUAUCCACCAACAUUAGCUAAUUUCUCAAUAAGUGGUGUUAGUUUACCAGAAAUUUUUUAUUUAGUUCAGUUUGAAUUACAUUGGGGUUACAAUAUUUAUCAAGGUUCUGAACAUACAUUUAAUGGAUUUAAAUAUCCAUUGGAAGUACAAUUUAUACAUCGAGGACGUUUUUCAAAUGCUUUAGCUAUAGUUAGUAUACUUUUCGAGUUACGACAACAUGAUAAUCCAUAUAUUGAUAAUUUAUUAUCGAUCUUAAAUCAAACUGUCGACACUUCGAUAUCUAUUGAACAUCAACUCGAUAUAUCUCGUCUUUUUCCAACUGAUUCAUCACCUCGUUUUUAUCUUUAUAAUGGUUCAUUAACUAUUCCACCAUGUACAGAAGAUGUUACUUGGAUAAUAUUAGCUCGAAAGAUACCAAUAUCAGCAUAUCAAUUAGAAAUAUUUACUCAAAAUUCGAUACCAUCUAAUUUUCGACAUACUCAAAAAUUAUAUUCACGAAAAAUUUUAGCGAAUUUUCAACCUGAAUUACAUGAAAGUUUCUAUACUGAAGAAGAUACAAGUAUCCAUCAUUCUUUUGCACACAUGAAAAAUAUAUCAAAUUUUUUUCUAUUAUUAAUUCUUAUUAUAUUUUGGAUGAUAAGAUAG